UCUGAGGAUGAUUGGCCGGGAGAGCAGGCUGACUCUGGAGCUGUCUUUCUCUCCUGCCAGAUGGAUUACUCCAUGCUGAUAGGCGCAGAGCUUGAUGAGGCAGAAAAAGAGAGGGCAGAGAUGUGGUGGGCAGCCAUCCUAAGUCUUAAAUCCACCCUGAUUGGCUUUGUGCUUCCUCUUGUUAUCUUACUGGUCUGUUACUGUUCACUCGCUCAGCUCCUCAGCAGACAUUUUGGACAAGGCCCUCGUCCUGACCGCAGACGCCAGCGCAGACUUCUCAGGGUCAUUGUUUCUUUAGUGAUGGCUUUCUUCUUGUGCUGGCUCCCUCUGCAUGUUAAUAAAACUGUGUCCAUGCUUCUGGAGUUUGGUUUUGUGCCAUACUCCUGUUCUUUAGAUCAGAUUUUAUUGACUGCUCAACCGUAUGUCACCUGUUUAGCUUACCUUAACUCCUGCCUCAACCCACUUCUCUAUGCUGCCUGUGAUCCAUCUUUUCGGAAGAGAUGCAGAGGAGCUCUUCUCAUGUUGUGCCGGAUAAGCAGAAGAGGAGGGGAGGGAAAGAUAGACGGAGGAGAGGAAGAGAAAGAGGAAAGGAGCUCAGCAUUUCCCACGAGAACACAGGAGGAAACAGCAGACAGGGCAGAGGAGGAGACAGCAAAUGUCAGAUUGGGCAAAGGAUGAGAGGGCACAAGAACCAAUACUGCAUGUCAGCUUAAAAGAGAAUACAGCUUAAAAAUAAAAAGCAAUCCUUCAUAAAUGAAGGUUGAUGACAAAUAACAUCAACAAUGUACUGAGUUCAAAAGUGGGCCAGAUUCAUACUGCGGCACAAAUUACAUUAACAUAUUCAAAAGUACAUUUUAUUUAGAUAAAAUAAACAAACAUCAUUAUUAGUUUAUUAUUAAAGUUCAUUAUUAUCUGUCUCCAGUCCACACAUUCCCACAGGAAAGAUGCCUCCACUUCCCCAGAGAAACUCCACAGCAACAAAUAUUUGGUUAUCUGAUCUGUUUCUAUGUAUUUGUUUUAAUAAUCUCUCUUGUUUACUGGUUUGUGCUGCAUAUUUUUAAUGUGUGUGUGUCCCACCCCCAUUAAAUUAGUCUUGUAAA